CAUGAAUAAGAAAAUUUAUAAAUAUCAUCACUCACCAAAAACUACUCUAAAUCCACACACGUAAUUUUACUCGGGCGACGAUGAUGAUAAGAUCAGUGCCAUUAGCUCCGUCGAUGACGACGACGAUCUGUUGUUCUUCCAGAAACAAUGCGUAUAUACCUAAACUCGAACCGUUUAGUCGGAGCAAGUUUGAGAGAAUCGUUAAGGAUCCUCCGUUGAUCCAGAAAUCCGAAAACGAUCUAGCAGAUUACUGUUCAACGCUUGAAGGAGACCCGUCAUACAGCUGCUGGAGAGCUUAUUUCGAGCUUAAAGAUCUGGAAAAAGAGCAGCCAAAGGAGGUGGUGGAGAGGGUGAUUCUGGAAUCAGGGGGUGUGAAAUCGCUAGUUAGAUGCUUACACGGGAUUUCCGAAAUUCACAAAUCGAAAAAGCAAUUAGAACAUCAGAAUGAAUCAAACUUGGGUAAUACAAACUCGGAUAUUACAGCAGCCGCCGGAGGUGGAAGAACAUGUCCAGUACCGGACGGACUGCCGAAGAGUAGGGCGGAGAUGGAGGAAGAAGAAAAGGGGAAAAUGCCGGACUCACCGUUCACCAGAUUGCUUCGGUCAAAAGGAAGAUUUCCUGCUUGGUAUUCCCCUGCUCCUGAUCAUGAAACAGAUUAGUGUCAAUGUCGAAUGCUUAGUUUUUGGUGAUUUUGCCUGUGUAUGUACAUAUCUUGUUUUGUUCAAUAGUUUGUUCUUGUUUUCUUGAACAAGUUUGGUUUUAGCGUAUUAGAUUUUAGAUUAGAUGUAAUAUAUGCAAGAUAUUUGGUCGUUAUACGUGAGCCAUUUAAAUCCCUC